AUGGCAACCCAAUUAUUCAAGAAGCUCAGCUCCACCGCCACCGCCUUCUCCUUCCUCCGCCGUGCGAAAACCACCUCCGCCCAAUACGUGGCGUCAAGAGCGCGAGACCCGACAUUCGAGAAGCUAAUGGAGAGAUACAAGAACCUCCUCAGAGUCAUCUCUAUACAAGAUCUCAUCCUCGCCUCCAAUUCCACCCCGCCGGCCGUCUCCCUCGACUUCAUCAGCCGCCUCUCCCAGCGCAUCCACCUCAACCGCGGUGCCGCCGUCUUCCUCCGCAGGUACCCCCACAUCUUCCACAUUUUCAACCACCCCGACAAGCUCCAGCCCUUCUGCGCCCUCACUCCCACCGCCCUCCAAAUCGUCCGCCAAGAAUCGGAGGCCAUCGAGAAAACUCUGCCGCUCGCCAUAACCCGAUUGGUGAAGAUUUUGUCCAUGUCCCUCACAAAAAAACUGCCUCUUCGGGCGAUCUUCAAAGUGUGGAAGGAAUUGGGGCUGCCAGAUGACUUCGAGGACUCCAUAAUUUCAAGAAAUCCGGAGGUUUUCGCACUUGAAGAUGGUAAUGAGAUCAAUACUCAUUAUUUAGUGCUCAAUGAUAGUGAUGAAUUUCGGGAUUGUUUGGUUCCUGCGGUAGAGAAUUGGAGAAUGAUGGAGUGUUGUAGAGAGGAAUGUAGCGUGGAUAGGACUGAGCUGAAGUAUAGUUUCAAACAGGGGUUUCCGCCGGGGAUGCGGUUAGGGAAGAAUUUGAAGGCCAAAGUUAAGGAAUGGCAGAGAUUGCCCUACAUUGGGCCGUAUGAGGAGAUGAGUGCCAAGGAAUCUAGGAGAAGUAAGCAUGGGGUGAUGAGAAUGGAGAAACGGGCGGUGGGGGUGGUGCACGAGUUCUUGAGCUUGACUGUGGAGAAGAUGGUGGAGGUGGAGAAGAUCAGUCAUUUUAGGCAGUGGUUUGGGAUUGAGUUGAACGUGAGGGAUUUGUUCCUUGACCAUCCGGGGAUGUUCUACUUGUCGACCAAAGGGAAGGUGCAUUCCGUGUUUUUGAGGGAGUCGUACGAGAGGGGCUGCUUGAUUGAGCCUAACCCGGUUUAUGAAGCUCGGAGGAAGCUUCUUAGUCUUGUUGCUUUGGGGCGCCGGGGGUUGGAUAGGUCAUGGAGUGAACAAAAUCGAGUGGGAGAAAUGUCUAGUGAUUGAGGGGAUAGCAUUGCUUGAUGCUCUUCACCAUGCUAUGGAUUUAUGAACUUGGAUCCGAACUUUACAUGACUUAGCUAAUCUUAGAUAGAGAGGCUGCACAUUUGUGCUGGCAUUCUAAUAGAAAUAUGGCCUCCAUUGCGCAACCAUAGUAUGCCCCCGUGCUUGUAUAUUGAUUAUUAUGAGCAUCACGCCAUGCAUUGUUGCGUAUACAUGUUCUUUUCGGUAAUUACACUUUGUUGUAAAUAGGAUGCUACUGCUUGCCAAUUUUGUAUUAGUUCCAUUAUGCUGCUCUUCAUAAAAUUUAUGUAGAUCAAUGCACCAAUGCUUGUAUUGUCUCAUACUUGAUACAUGUAAAGAAGAUGGUUUCAUAUGUAGCAUAGGAAUCACUCUCUUACAUGCAAAUGGAUAAAACCAACUUGAAUUGUCAAUACUAUUUUGGACCUAUGGAAGAAGCCGAAAAGCCACUCUUUGGAAUUUACACCAUCAGAUUGAACUCCUUAACCUUCUUGUGAGUGAAUAUGCGUAUUCCCCUUCUUUGGAAAUAUAGGCAUGCUGUCACCAUCUUUUACAUGGGUGUUUUUGUUGUUGUGCUCCAUUCCAUUGAUGAGUUUCUCUAGUAUCGCAUCAUCUGUUGAGUUAUUUACAGCUAUCAGUCAGUUUUGCGAAGAAAGGGGUGUAGUAUACAUGAAAAGUAGGCAGUGUUGAAUUUUAUGCAGGCAUUGUUGAGCUCUCUCUAGGACUGCAUCAGUUUUGCACCUCCUCCUCUUGACGACAUUCUUUGUGUUGUUUGUGGUGGAUGACUCUGCACAGAACAUGAAAGCUUUGGUUAGAAAAGAUUGCAUAGAAAGCAGAAGAUGGUGCAUUGUUAUUAGUAUGGAGACCUUGAGUUUCAGCAAAGAUGGAAAUGGUGGUGGGUUUGUCCAGCAAGAGUUCCGCCUCCAGUUGUGAGAUGAAAGCUCUGAGCUCCUGCUUCAGAGAUGUGAACUUGUUUGGGUGCUCCUGCUCCAGUAUCUCUAUUUCUUCCUUUGCUUGUUCUAUCAAACUCUCCCUGCUUCCCCACUGCAUCUCUCUCUCUCUCUCUCUCUCAUGCACGGCACGGCUACUUCUUAAAAUAAAUGCAUAGAGCUUGACAAGGACAUUAAUGGAAAAGCUGAUAUUGUCUGUCUUUUCAAUCUCCAAAGCACUUUGGACAUUAAUGCUUGUAUUUAAACAGCUGAUAUGACUGUC